AUGGCCUUUCGCAUGAAUGCGCGCCGCUUUGCGGCUGUUCUUGCGCGCCGCCCCGCACUGCGUGUGCCGCGUGUCGCUGUAGCGAUGCCGCGUAUGGCGGUGCCUGUGCAGACCUACGCCACGGAACGCGACCCGUCGGUCUCGCUCAAGGACCCCGUCGAAGACGAGUCGCAGCGUCACCUGGAGCUCGGUACGCUGGCGCUCGAGAUGGGUGACCUCGAAAAGGCGAUUGCCGAGUACCAGAAGAGCAUCGAAGUGCAGGAGAAUGCAUCGGCGUACUACAACAUUGGCGUGUGCAAGUACCAAGAGCAGGACCUCGAAGGCGCGAUCAGCGCAUGGAAAGAGGCGCUGCGUCUGUCGCCCGACAGCCCUGACGCGCACACGAAUCUCGCAUCGGCCUAUGUGAUGUCGAAGCCGAGCCGCCCCGACCUUGCGAUCGAGCACCUGCAAACCGCUGCAUCGCAGACGCCCGACGAUGCCGAGAUCCAGUUCAACCUCGGCGCGGUGCUGGAAGCGUGCGAGCAGCUCGAGGGCGCUGUAGAGGCGUACAAGAAGGCGUCGCUCGGCGGUAUCGAGCGUGCCGAACAAAACGUGCGCAACUGCACCGCGAAGCUCAUGGCCGCGCGCCUCGAGGUGGAGCGUAAGAAGAAAGCGGGCGAGCUGCCGGAGGAGAUUACCGAGCCUAAGUAG